GAAAGGUGAGAGUGGAGGUACAGCAGAUCCCGGAGCUGCGGUCCACCUACAUCCUCACCUGACCAAGUCGGAAACAGUAAACCUCUAAAGAUGAUCAAAGCAGUGUUGUCAGCUCUCUUGGUCCUGGUGGCCGUGUCCUCCACCUUUGGGAAAUACAUCCCGAAGACUGGCAAGAGGAUCCCUCAGACUCUGUCCAGAGGUUGGGGUGAUCAGCUGAUCUGGGCUCAGACUUAUGAGGAGGCUCUCUACUGGUCCAGGUCAAAAAACAAGCCUCUGAUGGUCAUCUUUCACCUUGAGAACUGCCCACACAGCCAGGCACUGAAGAAGGUUUUGGCUGAUGACAAUGAAAUCCAGAAAGUUCUCGAUGAGGACUUCAUCGUCCUCAAUCUAGUGUAUGAAACAACAGACAAACAUCUCUCUCCUGACGGACAGUAUGUUCCCAGAAUCAUUUUUGUCGACCCCACAAUGACCGUGAGGGCCGAUAUCACAGGUCGCUAUGCCAACCGCAUGUAUGCCUAUGAACCAAGUGACAUCAAACUCUUGAAAACCAACAUGCAGACGGCUAAGAAGCUCCUGAAGUCUGAGCUGUGAGCACGAGGACGAGACACACGCUUGACUUGUGACCCUCAUCCAGAGUUUAUUGUCACCACAGAUGCCAAUAACAUGUUGUUACUACAGUUUACACAUGGAAAACCAAGCACUGGAAAGUUUCUUCUCUUCACCUUCAUUUGAAAGGCUUUCUCCUUGAAUUCCCUUCCUGAUUCUUAUCUUAUUAUUAUUGCUGUACAUCCAAACUGUCUUUUGAAUAAAUAUGGUACUGUUCAUACAUACAA